UCAAGGCACAUUGUUUUGAAAAAUGAAUAUACCCUUACGUCACUUCCGGAUUUAGUCGACACAGUAGUAAAAAAAAAAAAUCUGGUUGCUAUGAAUUUCAGCUAGCUAGCCACCGACAACUGUCAGUACACUUGAGUAAAACCAUCCAUGUCAAGACACAAGAUAGGUUUUCGAAGUCUUGUGCCGCUUCUCUGUCCAUAUAGGGACACACCAGCCUGCCUGCCAACCUACUGUGAAUCGAUCCUGCUGGCGCAGUGACUAUAGACCAGAAGACCUUGGCACCGUUGUGUGCCAGUUCAUUUCAAGACCCAGGGAAUUUUGAAUCCAGACGAUGAACGGUCUGUCCAUACGAGAGCUAUGCUGUCUGUUCUGCUGCCCCCCUUGCCCCAGCCGCAUUGCAGCCAAACUGGCUUUCCUCCCUCCAGAGCCCACCUACGCCCUUCUCCCUGACACAGAUCCAAGCUCUGGAGCUGGAGCUGCUUCUGGGUCCAGUUCCGGGGCUGCUCAGCCUUCUCUUGGAGCCCCAGGACUCCGUUCCCGGCAGGGCACUAGUAGUGGAGGUGACAGAGGAGGUGGUGCUGGAGGUGGGGGUGGUGGAGGAGGAGGAGGAGGAGGAGGAGGAGGUGGUGGUGGUGGUGUAGGAGCAGCAGGAGGAGGAGCAGGUGGCAGCGGUUGGAGUGAGGGCAGGUGGAAGCUUCAUCUCACAGAGAGAGCAGAGUUCCAGUAUUCACAGAGAGAGCUGGAUGUGACGGAUGUAUUCCUGACCAGAUCUAGCCGAGGGAACAGGGUGGGGUGCAUGUACAUCCGCUGUGCCCCCAAUGCUAGGUUUACAGUGUUGUUUUCCCAUGGCAAUGCAGUAGACCUGGGCCAGAUGAGCAGCUUCUACAUCGGCUUAGGCACACGCAUCAACUGCAACAUCUUUUCCUAUGAUUACUCCGGCUACGGUGUUAGCACUGGCAAGCCCUCCGAGAAGAACCUAUACGCGGACAUUGAUGCUGCCUGGCAUGCCCUGCGUUCUCGGUAUGGCAUCAGCCCUGAGAAUAUCAUCCUGUAUGGACAGAGCAUCGGCACGGUGCCUACAGUAGACUUGGCAUCGCGGUUUGAGUGUGCUGCUGUGGUCCUCCACUCACCUCUCACCUCCGGCAUGAGAGUGGCUUUCCCCGACACCAAGAAAACGUACUGCUUUGAUGCAUUCCCUAACAUAGAGAAAGUGUCAAAGAUCCCGUCUCCAGUACUGAUCAUCCACGGUACAGAGGACGAGGUGAUCGACUUCUCUCACGGCCUCGCCCUGUUUGAGCGCUGUCCCAAGGCGGUGGAGCCCCUCUGGGUGGAGGGAGCCGGUCACAACGACAUUGAGCUUUACAGUCAGUACCUGGAGAGGCUACGGCGCUUCAUCAACCAGGACCUGGCUGCACAGCAUGCCUAAGAAACAAACAACAGCCUCUCUGCGGUUGUAUGAAUGAGACUGUGCGUAUGCAUGUGUGUGAGACCGAGUGAGAACGUCAGCAUGUUUGCAAAGUAUGUGUGAGAAAUUGACCUAAAACAAUAUGUGAUUUUUUUUUGUCACAUCUGUGUGUCUUUGAAGCAGCACACCUUUACGUUUACUUUUCAACACAACAUAUGUCCGGGUAAUGUCCUGUUCAAAAGGUGGGAACAGUUUUUAAUAUAUCAGUAGCUGUAUCCAUCUGUAUGGUGGAGUGUGGUGAAAUGCUAAAAACAAGAACCUGGAUUAUAUAACAUUACAAAUCUGGUUUUUAACGUAGGGGAAUUUAUGAAUCGCAGCUUUGACAUGUGUCACUAACAUGAAUUAAGAAGUAACAACAAUGUGCUUUGUCCAGAAAGGCACACAGAUGUAAUUUUAAAGUAUGACGUGUUACUGAAUAUAUGAGUUACGGAUGUAAGCGUUGAGUUCAUAUCUCCAUGCGUGCACAUGUUUGUGUGUGUGUGUGUGUGGGUGUGUGGCAGUGCUGGAAGACAUGAAGGACAUCCUAAUGACUUGGACAGCUGCAAGUGGAGGAACCUUAGUGAGACUUUUUUUUUCUCCUUUAUUUUUGCGUGUGUAUGUAUGAAAAAUACCUCCACAGCUUGACCAGUUCUCUCUCCAGUGGACUAACACUGGUCAAGCAUGUGCCCAACCCCCCCACACUCCUCCUCCACUCCCUGUUUACCUGUUAAUGGAUAUCCAUCUGACUGCCAGGGCAUUUCCCAAGUUGUCCAGCUAACACUAACCUACUUUAUCUGUGUGGUUUGGGGGUCCAUCUCCUUUCCCUUUGGUGUCAGUUAGGGUGGAUACUUAAGGACUAGUCUGGAAUACUGUCAUAGCUUGUAUGGCUGUUGGGGGUCUCAUACUUUCCUCUCCCUCAUUUUUGACUGUAGAGACCACAUAAUGGCUAGCUUCCACUUUAUUUACUGGCUGUGCUGUAGCUUUAGCCUUUACCUGUCCACAGAAUUGCAGCAGCAACGUACAGGGAAUUCUUUAUCUCUCUAUAUUGCUUUCCCCCAUCCAGUCCUACAUAUUUGUGGUAACGAAUGAUAUGAUGGUGUGUUGAACAUUUCUUUGGCAUUAGUAGAACAGCUAGAAGUGCAGGUUUACUUAGCAAUUUCACUGUCAUGUUAGAUCAGUUGGCUCUAAACAGAACAGAAGCUCAGUAUUUACUGAUGUGUGACUUAUAGAGGCUGGGCAGACUGCACUGACUCGGUAACAGCAGGAUUAAGUCCGAUUUACAGGAAUAGUUGGGCAUUUUGGUAAAUUGUCUUAUUCACUUUCUUGCUUGAGAGUUUGAUGAAAAGAUGUGUACCACUUUCAUGCAGAGACUCCAGGAAGUGACUGCGCCAUUUUGUUAACUUUUAGAAGUGCCGGCAGGUGGAUUUUGUUACCUUUGUACAGAGCCAGGCUAGCAGUUUCCAGUCUUCACGCCAAGCUAAGCUAACCAGCCACUGGCUGCAGCUUCAUAUUUAUCGUACAGACAUGAGAGUGGUAUCAUUCUUCUCAUCUAACCCUCAACAACAAAAAUAAAAUAAGCGUAUUUCCUAAAUGCAAAAUCUACCAUUUAGUCUGAAGUGCAGCUGUCAUGGUCUGAAUAAUUUGUAGUCUCUGGUGAACUUUUGGAGAUUGAUGUUCUGGCUGGAUUUGGAGGCUCUAAAGGAGAAAAAGUCAAAGUAGCUGCCGAGUUCAUCGAGCUAAUGAGGAUUAUGUCCGGUUUGACUCAGAAUAAUCUUUUGUGUAAUGCUGGUUAACUUGUAGUCUUACAUCACAGAUAGUUUUCCCAGUCUUGCACUCAUCAGCAGGGUUAGUCACCCUCCUGUUCAUAUGCACAUUUGUUUAACAUUUUUGUCCUGAUGUAAUUAAUCCGAAACGUGUUUGUCGUAGUGUGGAGCCAUGGAUUGUUUGUUUCCGAACCACGCGUGUCGAUGUUAUGACUAACAGUGUGAUUCAGAUCAGGUGCCAGGACGUGGCAUCAUGCCUGCUAUAGCUCCGUUUAACCUCUGUGGCCCUAAAUGUACAGGAGCUCUCUUAUGGGUGGCAGCAUGCUUAAUGUCUGACACAAGCCAUAUUAGAGCCUCUCACUGUUGGUGUGGUGCAGGUUCCACCACACACACCUUUGCACAUCAUCACACACGUACACAAACACACUCACACACACAUUCAAACACAACACACAUGCAUAAACACUACAUACAGUACUGUUGUAUACAGUAUAUUUACACAUUUAUAUAUCAGAUCAAGCAUGAAAAAAGCAGGUCUUAAGUUCAGCACUAUUGUACAAAGCAUCCAAAGUGUAAUAAGGGUAUAAAAUGUAAGUUUGUGUGUCUUCAUUAUUAUUAUUAUUAUUAACUGUCUUCUACAGGGCAGCAUUAAGGAUACUAACAUCACGUUUGAAGAACUAGUAAUAGGCCCUGUGUGUAGACCUGCAAAAGUACAAGAACUGGGUUUAUGGUUGCAGGCUACCACCACAUAUCAGAUCUACACAAGGUGUCUGCUGCAUAGGAGACUCGUCAGUUUCAGUGAUAGUUGCUGCGGCUUUUUUUUUUUUUUUUUUAAGGGAACAUGUACUGAACUAGCACUGAUCUGAUUACUCCAUUGUGGGAGUACAAGUGGGUCUUAGGGAACACCAAUCAUUUCCUGUCAUCAUUUCGAACAGGGAAUCUUUCCAUUCUCAUCCCGUGCUUUGCAUCUCUGAUAUUUAAAUAAUGGAAAUCUGUUACCAUCUUGGACCGGGGUCUGAGCGGUCAGAAGAAUUAGCGAACGUUAUCGCCUCUCUCUGAAAGUAGAAGUAGGCCUCAGUUUUUUCCAGGACCAUUGGUGUUAUCAGGGAAACCACUGGAUCCACCUUUCGUUCAUGGUGUUUAAGAAACGGGGUAAAGACUUGCCGUUUAAUUGAUGCACCACUAUGGUUGACGUAUAUUGUAUCCUCUGGCCCUGAAUGUGUAUUGAUGGGGGUGGGGGUGGGGGGGGGGUUUGAACAGUGAAAACUGUAUGCAUGUCUAUUGUGUUUUGCAGAGCAAGUGGCGGGGUGGGACGUUAUCUCUAUUAUGUAUUCUAUGUGAGGGUAAAGCUGAACUCAUGGCAUUGGAACAUUGAAGCGCUUUAAAAAAAAAAAAACAAAAAAAAAAAACAGGACUUUUAUUUGAAUUUUUUAUUGCUGAUACUAACUGAUGUAUUGUUAUGAGUUUUGUGCUAGAGUUUGAGCGGGGCAGUGGUAGGUGGGUGGGGCGGGCUAGACAAUAUUAGUGGGCUGUUUAUAUGGUUACUGUACUUAUCUAUUCUAUUUGUAUUAUGAUUUGUAAUUUUAUGUUGCUUUUUUGAACUGAGAAUAUGAUGUAAUGACAUUAAUUCAAGGGACUGAAUCUUGACCUUUUUAUGGACUACGAAAUAAAAAAAGAUCACUUAUGUACAAAAAUGUGACACCGACCAUAUUUUUUUUUAAAACAACCUUUGUAUUUGUGUACAGUACAUAAGUUAACAAGAUCUGUUAGACAGUGAUACAAAAAUUGCAAUAUUUAUAUAUACAAUGAUUUACCAUUGGAAUGAAUUACUAAGUAAACCAGUGACGUUGGGUUUUGGAUAAUAAAAUAUAAUAUAUAAACUAAUAUAAACUCAUACAAAGUCUCUUCCUAGAUACAGAUAAUGUACAGUUAGAGAAAUCAUGACAUUUAAAAAAAAAAAAAAAAUAGUUUGUCGUAGUCAAAUAUCAGUUUUAAACAUGACCUGUGUAUUUCUUUUAAAUCCACACAACAUUAGAGCAGACAUACUAUCCCUUAUGUAUCACUACAGGUUUUUUUGACACCACACAUUAAACAUACUUUUCAAGUAUAUGCAGAAUUCACAUGUUCGCUCAU